GCCAGUGUUUACAGGUCGUUUAGCAGACCAUGCGAUAGCUCAAGUCUAGUUUGUGUGGCUGGUUUUUGACAUGGUGAGAUGGAGUGCAAGAGGGGAUGGGUUUUUCUGUGACAGUGCUUCUUGAUCAGAUGUGUCACGGGUAGGACAACACAAGCACAGUCUUUCUGAUGGAUGCUUGCACGACGAGGAGGAAUCUUUCUGUUAAAGUUUUCCUGGGGAGAUGAUAAGAGUUCAUCUAUGUGACGGACGUCUUAGUGUGUGAUGUUGAUGUGAGGACUUCAUGUUAUUUCUUACUGAGUGUACAGUAUUGGAUUACUGCCAUUGAUUCACAGUGUAGGUUGAAGGAGAAAUUUUACAUUCCCAUCUCCACGGAUUAACAUAUAUUGCCUGUGUAUGCUGCAACCAUUGCCAACGCAAUAGCUUCUUGUGAAUAGCCUGCCACUCAUGACGAGCAGGAGUAUUGAUAUGAGGAGAUGGUGUUGGAUGUAGUGCUGGAGGAGGGUUAAAGCUGUGGUGUCCAUGUUUGGUAACAAACUCUCGGGAUUCGACUUCUCCACAAAAAGUUUGCUGGCCCUAUGCUGUGGCUUCACCCAGAAGUCCCCGACAGAGCCCAAGUCACAACGAGCGAGCGGUUACGACAGCAGUUGUGACGAAACCGACUGUAUUACUCAUGGGCUGAAGAAAUCUACCUCUGGCCUGAGUGACCACUCGGCCAGCACGGCUAAAGGGACAGAGGAGAGGAAGAAGAAGAAAGCUGCAGCCAAACGCAGGAAGAAAGAUGAAAACGCUGACUCGAAUGUAGUCAAUGGAACAUCCUACCAGUACGAUGACGACUCCUCCAGUGACAGCGAUGAUGAGGUGCUAAAGCGUUAUCAGGACACUCUCGCCACACACAGAGGCAGCAUCCGCAGCAGCGUCCGGAGUGGGAAGAGUGCACGCAGCAGGAAGAGUCACAAGAGUAAGGCCGAUGUAGCAACAGACAAACAAACAGAGGAGGCAGCAUCCCUGGCAGAGAAAGGUCAAGCAACAGAUGAUGUUAGCCCUCCUGGGAGUGAGGAUGAAGAGGACAACAGUCAGCAUGGCGCUGCAGUGGACCUGUCCCCAGAGCAACAGCCAUCCGUUAAAUCCACCUCGGGACCGGAUCUAGAUGACCAGCACACGUACGAAAACAAAGCCUUUCUGACAGAACAGUCUGCCUCCCUGUCCGGCAGCGAGCAAGCCUUGUCAGCUACGGACAGGACCAUGUCGAAUGAUGAACACCUGUUUGAUGUCAGUGACCUGCAAGGGGAUCCCCCCCUGAUCUCCAAAUGUGGAAGUCUGGAGGUCAGCUUCAAGUAUGAAGCCAAGCGUGGUAAGAUGAGCGUGACCAUCCACCAGGCCCGUGAGAUCCCAGCCAAGGACCGCGGUGGUGCUAGCAAUGUCCAAGUUCGCAUGAUGCUACUACCUACCAAGAAACAGAAGUUCAAGACCAAAGUGAAAACAGGAGAAAAUCCCACCUUUGAUGAAAACUUCUCAUUCAGCAAAAUCUUUCCAGAUGAUGUCCAUGGAAUGGGCAUCCGAGUGAGACUGUACGGACUGGAACGUAUGCGACGUGAACGGAUGAUUGGAGAAAGCAUCGUGGGCUUUGCAUCUCUGAACCUGGAUGAGGAGACCACUCACUGGAUGGUGCUGGAGCCCAGGAGCAACCUCAGUCAUGGGGACUCUGGUUUUGAUGUGUCCAGCUUGUCGAGGAGCGACAGUGCUUCCUCCACACAGUCUCUACAACACGGCGGAAUGCCCGAGCUGCUCAUUGGGCUGGCGUAUGGCACGACUGGUCGGCUCUCCGUGGAGGUCAUCAAGGGAAGUAACUUCCGCAACAUGGCCAUGAACAGGGCUCCAGACACAUACGUGAAGUUGACGUUGAUGUCACCGACGGGGCAGGAGCUGCAGCGGUGCAAGACCUCGGUGAGGCGUGGUCAGCCAAAUCCACUGUUCAAGGAGACGUUCAUGUUCCAGGUGGCUCUGUUCCAGCUCCCAGAAGUGACACUUAUGGUGUCUGUCUACAACAAGAAGAGCAUGAAGAAGAAAGAAAUGAUUGGAUGGUUCUCAUUAGGCAUGAACUGCAGCGGGGAAGAAGAGGGUUCUCACUGGUCCGACAUGAGGGAGAGUAAAGGAGAGCAAGUGUGUCGAUGGCACGUGUUACUGGAGUCAUAGCCAGGCAGCGUACAGCACCACCUACAGACACCAGCUUGGAUGGACACGCCCACGGACAGCACUCACCACUCAUACCAUACAUUGCCUCAAGAGUACAAUUUGCAAAUAGUACAAUACACAUUAGGCCUUAUGUAUUGUUUUAGUUGGUUUACGAUUUCAGCUGACAAAAAUCUGAAAUUGAAAUUGAAAUAGAAUAAUUUUUGACAAAUCAUAUUUGGACCAACUUUUUUAUGAUAGCGUGAAAUUGAAAAAAAUACAGACUUUAUUAUAUCAUGUUCGGAAGAAAUGGUACGUAACACAUAUAAUAAUCUUUAUUCUACCAAUAUAAAAUAUAAACUGUCUCAUGGUUUUUGUUUUUUUCUGACUGUGCGACCAUUUAGUAUGUUUUUUAUAUAGUAGUAGCUGUACUAGUAAUCUUAAAAUAAUCAAAUAAUAUCUUGAUAUUGUACAAUACAUUGUUAGCCAAAAUAUUGUAAACUAACUAAUACAAAAAUUAAAGGCCUUACAUAGACGUGAAGAACAAUGAACACACUGCACAUUUGCAAAUCUGCUUAGGCAUUUUGAGACAAGUCAUGUUAAAGAGAAUUCUUAGCUUGGCUCAUCACCAAAUAGCUGUGAGUGAACGUGGAAACAAAUCAAAAUAUGGAUAUAGAAGCAAGCUGUUAUCGCCAUUCCUGAAUUGUGUAAUUCUGGU